AUCAAAACAAUUUUUUUGACAAUUGUCAACUGUCAAAAUUAGAAGGCUGCUCAAGAUCAAAAUAAUUAUUAUGACAAAAUAUUAUCAAUCAUCAAAAUUUUUCUGUUUAAUAAUGAAGGAAAAAUUUUAUUUCGUCCGAUAGAUGUAUUAAAACGUGUCACAAAUGGCAGAUAUAAAUUGGUACCAGCCUAAUGGAAAAUGUUCUGACGGGUCUUCCGCCAAGAGCGAAAAGACCAUAUUAUUAUAUUCUUUAGCUGACGUACAGCUCCGAUUUUUAUGUCCUGAUGAUUUGGAUGAAGUCAGGUCUUUAUGCCAAGAAUGGUUUCCAAUUGAAUAUCCCUUUUAUUGGUAUGAACAAAUUACCUCAAGUAAUGGAAAAUUUUACUCGUUGGCUGCUGUGUACAAGCAACAAAUUAUUGGUUUGAUUGUGGCUAAAAUCAAACCAUAUGCCAACUUAAAUGAAGAGGAUAAGGGAAUUUUGGCUAAAUCGCUCUCUGACUGUGACGUAGCUUACAUACUUUCAUUAGGAGUUCUCAAGGAAUACCGUCGAAAUGGUAUCGCUUCUUUAUUGCUAGACUCGCUACUCAAUCACCUCGUAACGCCUGAGAGAAGAAAAGUCAAGGCUGUAUUUUUACAUGUGCUGACAACGAAUUCUGCUGCCAUUAUGUUUUACGAACAGAAAAAAUUUAGAUUACACUUCUUUUUACCUUAUUACUAUUCCAUUAAAGGAAAAUGUAAAGACGGAUUUAUGUACGUGUUAUAUAUUAAUGGAGGUCAUCCACCUUGGACGAUAUACGAUUAUAUAAAAUUCAUGUGUAGCACAGUGGUAAAUGGGGUGGGGUUAUUCCCUUGGAUGGUUUACCAACUGAACAGGGCGCUGCAUUGGGUAUGGAGAGAGCAAAAACGUGAUGAACACGAUAAUCAUUAACAAAUCUAGAACUAGUCUUUGAUAUGAAAGGUACUCGAUAAACAAAUUAUUUGUUAUAACGGUUUUUGUAUGAGAUAUUUAUAUAAAGUUAGAAUUAUAUUUUCGUUAUUUAAUUUUAAGUAAUUUUAAUUUUUGUCUACUUAGUUCAUACCGCGCGUAAUAAAAUAUCAGUAUUAUUUG